AUGUAUCACGGUCACAUCGACGUCCAUCUCUUAUCGCCCAAACAAUUGCAAACUGAGCUAAACACAAUAGCUCGCCAUCUGGCCAGCAAACUGGCUCUUCCGGAGAUUAAUGACAAUAUACGCAACUUAUACAAGUUACUCCAAAUCCAAGCUCGCUUAACUGACCAAUAUCUUAUAAUAGAAGUAAAAAUCCCUCUGCUAAGCGAUGAAAUAUACGAAAUUGACCGCUUAAUAAGCAUUCCGCAGCACGUAUCACCCGACAACGUCAUACAGGUUAUUCCCGGAACCGAUCUAAUCGCAUUCAACAUUAAUCAAGAUACAUUCAUACCAAUGGAAAGCACUAAUAUCAACAGGUGUACCCAAAUGAACGGAAAAAAGGUAUUAUGUCACUUGAACAAUCCCAUUUAUGACGUACAACAAGGCAAAUCCAUUUGCAACACAGAAAUACUAAAUCAUCAAAAGAAGCAUGACUCGUACUGCCAUACAGAAACAAAACCCUGCGCCGACAAGUGGUACAAAUUGCAUAAACAAAACACAUGGCUAUUCGCCUGUUGCGAAGAAUGCUUAGUUCGCAUCUUAUGCCCAGACGGUCUGGCGACAAAAGUACUUCAUAGCAACGGACUGAUUCAGCUCGGCCAAGGUUGUGUCUUGAAAGGCGACACUUUUAUGCUAUACGCCAACAAAGAUUACAUCGAAGAAGCAUUUACUGAUUUAGAUCCUCACAAUUUAUUACUCGAAGUGUCUCCAUUAAAUAAUGUACUGAACACAUCCCUCGCUCAGAUGACUUUCCACAAUGAAACACACGAACAAGAGUUUCAACAGCUCCAUCGGGAUAUACAAAUGCUUAGUUUUGUACGACAUCCGGUUAGUACGACGUAA